CCUUUACAGAGACUACACUGCUCCUGAAGGCAAACUGCACUUGAAAUGGUUACAAGCGUCCAAUGAGUACUCUAAGAGAAUAUACAAACUUCAACGAGAAUUGUUACGCCAUUUGGGCGGCCACCCAUCAGAAAAGGUAUGGCAUUGCUAGUCGUGCUACUGGUGUUUCUCGUAACUGCAAUUUAUGUGGUUUUUUUCUGUAACUUAUGUGAUACUAAGAAACCAGACAAAUUGAAGGAAAAACGUUUUGAAAAUUUCUUGCUGAAGAAAGUCGACUUGUCAGUUCGUACUACAGAAACUCAAGGGAAGAAGAAGACUUUGUCCCCGCUUGAACGCUUGAAGCAAGAAGUAUUUCAACACGCCAGUCCUAGUUGCACUGGUACAAAGCGAGUAAUCGUAGCAUAUGGAACAGAGUAUGGUUUUAGCAGAGAAGUUGCCAAGAAAAUUGCGGAACGACUUUCGCAACAUUUUGGAACGGACAGCAUCUCAGUCCGGUUGUUGAAUUUGCUCCACUGGGAAAUAGUUGACUGGAAAAGAGAAGAACUAACACUUGUUGCCUGUUCAACCACUGGGGAUGGGGUUCUUCCAAACGAAGCAAAGGACUUUUAUGACGGUUUGAAAGAGAAGUUUGAGGAAGGAGAACUUCAAAACUUGAAUUUUGCAGUUUUGGCUUUAGGAGACCGUGGUUAUCCUCACUUUUGCAGAGCUGGAAAGCUGAUCGAAGAAACUUUGAAAAAUAUUACGGGGAAGGAAUCCAUCGUUGCUCGAGGAGAAGUGGACCAAGAGGACUGGCCAGUCAUUGAAGAUUGGAUAGAUAACGUAAUUGGCUGUCUGGACAACAAAGAUUUAUUAACUGUCACAACGAGUGCUGAUUAUUUAGAAGAAGCGUUGGACAUGAAGUUUGGAACAAAUGAUGUGAAUGGCUAUGUGGGUUCAACUUUUCCGGAUGCUGGCCAUAGCAAGGAGAACCCAUUUUUGGCUAAAGUAUUAGAAAGAAGAUUGCUGACGAAGUAUGAGCUUUCAGAUGACAAGGAAGUUUUGCACAUAGAGCUAGAUUUAUCCAACUCGGGCAUUCAGUAUACACCUGGUGAUGCAUUGGCAGUUCUUCCCACAAAUUGUCCGAAGCAAGUGGAAAGACUUCUCGUUGCAUUGGGGGCGACGGGAGAAGAAGAGCUUUCAAGUUCCGACAAUUCGCCCAUAUCUCUGAAGAAUAUUUUGACAUACAAUUUGGAUAUAAAAAAUGUUAAGCCGGAGCUUUUAAUGUUUUUGAGGCAAUGUGCAUAUUCAGACAAUGACUUGAAGGUACUGGACGAACUGCUAGAUGUUGAAAAAGGUGGUCUAAGCAAGAAAAACGAAGUUCUUCGAGGUUACCUUGCAUCUCGUGAGGUUUAUGAUGUGCUGGCCGAAUUCAGUUCUGCUUCUGUUGAUCUUCAAAAGUUUGUACAACACUUAAGACCACUAUCGCCGCGUUACUACUCGAUUUCAUCAUCGUCUCUUGUGGAUAGUAAUCGGGUAUCAAUCACAGUCGCAGUGGUUCGAUACGAACUAUUGGGUUUAGAUCGAGUUGGCGUAGCGACAACCUAUCUGGCAGAUAGAGUCGAUAUAGGAAACCGAAUUCCUGUCUUUUUGUCAAAGAAUGACAAUUUCAGGCUGCCAUCAAAUGGCUCCACUCCUAUUAUUAUGAUAGGCCCUGGAACUGGUAUUGCUCCAUUCCGUGCUUUUUUGUUGGAGCGUGAAAGAAUGGGAAGUACGGGUAGAAACGUACUAUUUUUUGGCUGUAGGCACAAGGACGGUGAUUUUUUGUAUGCAAAUGAACUUCAAGCUUUUGUGGAUCGUGGUUUCCUUGACCUUUUUGUAGCUUUUUCGAGAGAUCAACCUAAGAAGAUAUAUGUCCAAGAUGUUAUGUUAGAACAAUCAGCCUUUCUUUGGUCGCUUCUUGAGCAAGGAGCCCAUGUGUAUGUUUGCGGAGAUGGUACAAGAAUGGCCAAUGACGUUCAUGAAGCGUGGCUCCGUAUCAUUUCGUCUCAUAGGCCUGGUUGCUCCAGGGAAGACGCUUUGGAGUUUAUGGAAGCUUUGGAGAGGAAUUCUCGAUAUCAGCGUGACGUUUGGAUUACAUGAGUUAUAAGUAAAAUAUAACACGCCUUAACCCUAUGUUGAAGAUAGCAGAAGAACUUGUAAAGUUUAUUUUCGCAAGUUUUUUGUUGUUUCCGUUUGGAUAGAAAAGUAUAUAAAUAAUUUCAUAAUUGUACUUUUUGGUAUCAUUUAUAUGGAAUUGUUAUAUUCCUUUAUUAUUUGUAUGGCGAGUAUAGCAGCAACUUUGUACUACUCCAUGCCGCUUUCAGUUCGUGUAUCUAUUAUGAUGUCUUAGGUCGGCCGUAAACUGACAAUUUUUCUGUUUCGCUUCACCUUUCAAGCAGGUCUGACUCUGCCUAAUAUCCUUGAGACGGAUACAAAUAACCUCUUCCGUCAUUUACAUUAAACCUGGCGAAAAAGCG